AGUGUUGCAGGGCAUUUUUUUUUAGAGAAGAUGUCUUGAUAAAGUAUUAAUUACAUUUGCCUUGUAGAUUGCAGUGUCUUCCUUUCUGUGCUUCCACCGAAGGGAUUAUUUCAGAGUAAUUUGUCAAAUUGACAAGGCGAGUGGUCAGUGCAAUUAAGCAACGUGACCUAAGCCUGGCUUUGUUAAGCAUAUAAGGGUUAAAAGGAGUUUGCAGCGGCUGCUCCUCUCCAACAGAAUGGGCCAAGCCGCUGCUCUGCCACGUAGGAGAGGCGAGUCUUACAUCACUGAGCUCUAUGAAUGGUUCAGAAAGUUUAUCAAUGAGUGUCCGAGUGGACUGAUCACACUUCAUGAGUUUCAGAGGCAUUUCUGCAACGGGACUGUGGGCAGUGAAUCAACUGAGUAUGCUGAACAGAUUUUUCACACCCUGGACAAUAAUGGGGAUGGAGUGGUUGACUUCAGGGAGUAUGUCAUGGCCAUCAGCCUGCUUAUUGAAGGGACAGCAGUGGAGAAGCUCGGCUGGUCUUUUAACCUUUAUGACAAAGACAAAGACGGAGCCAUUACAAAAGAGGAAAUGCUGGAGAUCAUGCAGGCGGUUUUUAAGAUGCACCUGGCUGCCGCUUUGACCGAACCCAACACACUUACAGCUGAAGAAUGUACCAACAGGAUAUUUGUGAGAUUAGAUAAAGACAACAAUGCCAUCAUCAGUCUGGAGGAGUUCAUAGAGGGAGCUCUGGAAGAUGAUUGGAUCAGAGAGAUGCUGGAAUGUAACCCCAGCAUAGUGAAGGUGGAGAGGCCUCUGAGGAGGGACACCGCUUUAGGGACCCAUGGAUAACCUGAUCUGUGGUGGUUUUAGAUUAGUGGGCGGAGUGGCUUAAACUAGUUCAGACCGGAGCCUCCAGGAAUUACAUUCUAUCUCACUGUAAUGUAACUUCACUUAGAAACCUUACAGCUGAAAUACUAUAAGAUUUUCAAAAUGUGAAAAUUACACGCUUUUUGUAAUGCGUUUGUGUUUAAAGGUCAUGAUAUCUACGUUGUAAUUUGAUGUUAUAUCCUCUAGUAUUGCCUCACUAGAUAUUUAUUUUGCAACACUUGAACAGACUACUGCAGUUAUAGUUUUUACUAGUGGACUAUGUAUACCCCAGAUUCAUGUUCAGUAAAGGAUGUUUGAAGUCCAAUAAAAAUAUUAACAAUAAACCAACAUGAAAAUGUAAUACGUGCACCUAUGCAAAUUCCCCAAAUAUUUGAAGGCAUAUGUGGUCAAAGCGAAUAUGUACAAGAAAGUAUUGUAUACCCAAAUAUGAACCCUACCUUUAAACUGUUACAAUUU